CCAAUAAUAAUUUUAUUUAUAUUUAAGACAAACCAUUGAAAGCGUUCAAUCAAUCAAACAAAGAUAAACCCAGCAACAAAAGAAAAACACAAAAUCACCAUAUCGGCUUCUCAGCUCAACUCAACAAACAAGCUUCAAGAACAUGGCAACUCAACAGCGUCCCAGUUUUCAUAGAGUAAUAAUGAAGAAUAAACAACUGAGAAUUCCAAAAUCAUAUGUUAACAAAUAUUGGAAUGGAACUUCAAAUCCAAUAUUUCUUAGACUUCCAAAUGGUGUUCAACAGAAAAUAUUUUGGGUAGAGCGUGAUGGAGAUAUUUGGUUUGAUAAAAAUUGGGAAAUUUUUGCUAAGAAUUUUAAUUUUGCAUAUUUCUUAACUUUUAAAUAUAUAGAUGAAUCACACUUCAAAGUUAAGAUAUUUAAUCGAAGUUGUUUAGAAAUAAAUUAUUCUGAUAUAAGAUGUGUAGAUGAGGUUGAUGAGAGUUUAGAUGAGAGUGAAGAAGUUGCACUACCUAAAAAGAAAAAAAGUAACAAAAGAAAAAGAGAAGUUGAUUCAGAUUUGAAUACUACCCAACCAAAACAUGCAGGUAAAAAGAGAUAUGCUAUUAAUGGGAGGGCUAAUAAUGAUAGUCCAUAUUUUGAAGUUACACUGAAACCAUCUUACGCUAAAGGCUAUACGUUGAGGAUUCCAGUAGUGUUUUCGAGAAAAUAUUUCAAAAAGAGUGCAAGAAAAGCAAUGAUAAAAUUUGAGAAUGACAUGGCUAUGGAAGUGAAUAUUGAGUAUAAUGAUGACAAUGGAGGAUUUAGUAUGAAACGUGGUUGGAAGAAAUUUACAGAAAAAUAUAAUUUAAAAAUCGGUGAUGUUUGUAAAUUUGUGAUGACUCAAGAUCAACCACUUUCAUUUUCUAUUACCAUUAAUCGAGUCAGAAAGGAGAAGAAACAUAAAAUGUUUUCAGGUGUAUCUUCUAGUGAUACUACCGUUGCAAAGAAAAAAAGUGUGGGAGAAACUUCUAGAGGAAGAUCAAAAGGUUCAAAAAGUCGUAAUGUGAUGAACUCGUCAUUUAAGCUUCUUGUGAAUUGUUUAUAUCCGAAUGUUCCAAACGAGCUUAUGAAUAGGCCAAAACAAAUUGUAAAGCUGAAAAUGAAGGAAAAAUUAUGGUUGGUAAAAGUUAAUUAUUAUCCUAGUAUCAAGCGAUGGAGAUUAAGUGGAGGUUGGUCCAAGUUUAGAAAAGAUUGUAGGGUGGAGAUAGGAGAUACCUGUCUCUUUGAGUUAAGAGAUAAACAAAACAUGGUGUUUGAUGUUUCAUUUGUAGGAAAGAAUGCAUGAGUUGUUGAGUUGUUUGAUAUAUGU